CAUGUGUUUGUUCAGUUGAGGCUCAGUUGCCGGAGCGGCCGCCAGGAGUCCGGUGGAGCCUGAGGUCCGGUGGAGGAGUAGAGAGGUGGGUCUCCUGGUGGGUAUUAGCAAGCAAGAUGGGCCACAUAUUCUCUCAGUACCUGGCGGACCCGGCCAUCACGCCGGACUACACCAAGGGCCCGACCUUCGACCCGCUCUAUGGCUUCCCUGAGGGCAGGAAGGAAAGAGUAAUGUUGGCAACUUUGGAAGAAAUGGAGUCCGUCCAGCUUCCGCUCGACAAGCGGGACUAUUGUGCUCACCUGGCCAUCAAGAACCGAGCAUGUCGGGAAAGAGAAUGGCCAUUAGUUUACAAGUGUGCACACGAAAAGCACGAAUACCUUAACUGUGAAUAUGAAGAUUAUGUGUUGAGAAUGAAGGAGCACGAGCGUGAACGGCGUCUUCUGGAGCGAGCCAAGAGGAAGGCACAAAAAGAUGCACAUGAAGAACUGGACUAAAGACAUUGCCUUUUGUGUCCAUUCCUUAUACUUGCACAAGUUGUGACAAACUUGUCUAAUCUUUUCCGGUGUCUUAUGAAGAUAUGUUGGGUUUUCACUUGGGGGGGAAAUAGUUUUUCACAUAUUGUACUUUAAUACUUUAAACCUUGCGUCAAUAGCCAUCUAGUAUGAGGAAAGACAUUUUGUUUAUGGUCUACCACCAAAAUUCAAUUAAUAAUUCUGGUGUUUUGUAUAGUUUAUUCAUAAUGUGUCAACCAUUAGGAAAGGCAUUGUAUAGUAAUUGUUAAUUUUCAUUGAAUGAUAUUAAUUUUGUUUCAAUUCUUAACAUAGAGAAAUGUUUAUUAAGGGGGAAAUUAAGUUUAUUGAUACUUUUCCAAUGAUAAAACAAACAGCUGGUCUUUUUAGGAAUGUAAAUAUCAAAGUUGAGAUAAAAUAAAUGUAUAUAGUUACAAAAACUUUCACUUGCCAACUCUUUGGAGAAUAUUUAUAGUGGAAUUAAUAUUAGGACAUUUAUAGACUAAUGAAACAUUGCUGAUUGGUCUGUAUGGUGGUAAAGUUUUAUGAAAUUCAAAAAAUUAAGAUUUAGCUGUUAGUGCUCGAAAAGAAUAAAUUCUAGAAUUA